UAGCAGAAGGCUAUUUGGAAAAUCUUAUUGGAAGAAAUCUAGUGAUGGGAACGAAGAAGAGUUCUCGUGGUAAGAUCAAAGCAUGUCGCAUUCAUGACCUAUUGCAUGAUUUCUGCAAGGAGAGAGCAAAGGACGAUAUGCGUCUCCUAUGGCAAAAAUGGGAUCAAAAUGCCAAUCCGUCUUCUCGCCUUUCUGGUCACAAGCAACUAGCUCAUCGCAUGUGCAUUUAUGGUGAAGGGUAUCGUGCUGGAGAUUGGAGCUCGUGCUUGUCACAUGUUGUCUCUAUAAUUUUGCAUAACAAUCGUCUUUCAGUUGGCCUCGACUCUCACAUUUUCCACAGCGUAAAGUUUCUAAAAGUGUUAGAUAUGGAGUUCACUAGAAUUAACUCUUUCUCAUUUGAUCUAGUCUACCUCAGAUAUUUUGCUGCAGAAACGUCCCGCUUUUCAAACAAAGCCGGUUGUCGGGAACUUGAAACUCUGAAAUUCAAAUCUCUCAGUGAAAUGUCACUACCCAUUACACUCUGGGAGAUGGAUAAAUUGAGACAUGUGGAUAUUUCCGAUUGCAGCUUCACCAGCGAAAUUGCAAAAGAAUUGAUCGAGAACUCCAAAGACCUUCAUGAUCUGCAAACUCUAUCCACUCCGUGUUUUUCUUGUGCUCAGGAAGCGGAAUUGAUUUUGAGAAAAACACCUAAUCUUCUGGAACUGAGAUGCAAAGUCAAGGGUGUUGAUAACUUUCAGUCCUAUGUAUUGAACUUUCCAGCACGGAUUGAAACGCUCAAGAUUCAACUUAGCUACACACGUGACACUAAAACAAUCCCCUUCUGCAUCUCCGCGCCAAAUCUCACAAACUUGACACUGAAGAACUUUUACCUACAUUGUCAGCAUUUAUCAGAAAUUGGUUCACUUCAGAACCUUCAAGUGCUCAGUCUGAAAGGUAUUUCCUUUGAAACUUGUAAAUGGGAAGUGCGUGAUGACGAGUUCCCUCAUCUCAGAGUCUUGAAAUUACAUGCUGGAAAAGCUCACUUUGAAGAAUGGUCUGUCGCGGAUGAUGCCUUUCCUAACCUUGAACACUUGGUUUUGAGGGAUUGCGAAUUUCUUAAGGAGAUCCCUUCUUGGUUUGGAGAAAUCUCUUCUCUGAAGUCCAUUGUGGUAAGGAAUUGCAAUGAAAAUGUUGAGAAUUCAGCCAGGGAUAUCAAGGAAACACAAGUUCAAGAUUACGAUAAUUACAAGUUCGACGUCUUUAUCACCAGAGAGAAUAACAAGUCAGAUUCAGGUAUGCAACUCAUAAAAUUUAACUAUGAACAUUCCAAAACUUUGUGAAUUCAUUUCUUCUGUUACUCUAACUUCCUUUUUUAAAGGUAAAAUUCUUGAAAUAGCACCAAGGUUUGAAAUACUAUUGUGCACCUCGACUAAUUCUAUAGGUACCUACUACCUCCAACCGCACAUGUACUAGAUAACUGAUGAUCAAAAGAAAUCAAC